AUGGAAGUGAAUAUUUUUUAUCUGGCGGUGAUAGGUGCUAUCAUCGCGUACAUUUACCACCGGGUGACCAGAAACAAUGACUACUUUCACGAUAAACCGAUUCCUUCGCUGGCCGUGAAGCCCUUCUUUGGAGCAUCCGCACCGCUACUGCUUAAGCAAGCAACCUUUUCGGACUUUAUCCAUUCCAUAUACAAUAAGUUUCCCAGUGUCAAAGUCCUCGGGGUGUUCGACACGACCAUGCCGAUGUUUGUCAUUCGUGAUCCGCAACUGAUCAAGCGGGUCGGUGUGAAGGAUUUCGACCACUUUUUGGACCAUCGGCCAACAUUCGGACAAAGUGACGAAAGCGACAAUCCACAUGCCCUGUUCGCCAAAACCCUAUUCGCGCUCAAUGGCCAACGUUGGCGAGAUAUGCGGGCCACACUCAGUCCAGCUUUCACCGGAAGUAAGAUGCGCCAAAUGUUCCAGCUGAUGGAGGAGUGCAUCCAGGCGAUGAUUCGUCACUUGGAAACGGAUCUGAAACAGAAGGGCUCCAUGGAAGUGGAAAUGAAAGACGUUCUGUCACGAUUAGCGAUGGAUGUGAUUGCUUCGUGUGCCUUUGGGCUUAAAGUGAACUGCUUCGAAGAUCGAGAGAAUGAGUUUUUGAAGCAUGCCAAAAAGAUGAUGCUUUUUGGAAGAUUUACAGUUUUCUUGAAAAUAAUGGCCUUUCGAUGGUUUCCUGAGAUUGCCAGUCGGUUUGGGCUGGACGUGAUCGAUAAGGAGCAGGCGGUGUACUUUUCCAGCAUUAUCAAAGACACUGUCCAAACUCGGGAGUCUAAAGGAAUUAUUCGGCAUGAUAUGAUUGAUUUACUGCUGCAAGCCAGGAAGGGCACUUUGAAGCAUCAACAGGAAACGGAAGUUCACGAGGGUUUUGCUACGGUGCAUGAAUCGGACGUGGGCAAUGGUCAGAUGGCUAAAGCGAUGACCGAGCCUGAAAUGAUUGCCCAGUGUCUGGUAUUCUUACUCGGAGGCUUUGAUACGGUCUCGACGGCUGGUACCUUCCUGAUUUACGAGUUAAUUCGCAAUCCCGAUAUUCAGGAAAAAUUAUACCAAGAAAUUUUGGAAACAGAAAAGUCGCUGAAUGGAAAACCUCUUUCGUAUGAUGCUCUGCAAGGUAUGAAAUACAUGGACAUGGUGGUAUCAGAAGCACUUCGGAUGUGGCCACCGGCACCAGCGACUGAUCGGCUCUGCGUUCGCGAUUACGUACUGGACGACGGCGAAGGUCUCCGGUUCACCAUAGACAAGGGGACGUGUGUCUGGAUACCGAUUCAUGGAUUGCACCACGAUCCGCAGUAUUUCCCCAAUCCGGAACGUUUCGAUCCGGAGCGGUUCAGCGAUGCCAACAAAGCAAACAUCAAUCUGGAUGUCUAUUUGCCGUUCGGUAUUGGCCCGAGAAACUGUAUCGGAUCACGGUUCGCCCUGAUGGAACUUAAAGCUAUCGUCUAUCACAUGCUGCUGAAGUUUCCUUUCCAACGAAGCGAAAACACGCAGAUUCCGUUAAAGUUGAAAAAGGGAUUCGUUGCCCUUUCGACGGAGAAGGGAAUGUUUAUGCAAUUGCAAGCGCGGAGUUAAGCACUCACUGCAAGAUAGGAAAAAGAUUUGUCUUGGACAGAAGACCUAUGGUGA